AUGACAGAAGAGGACAACCUGGAUCUACUGCUCUCAUUGUUCGCCGAGAGUCAGGCCCAGGACUCUGAAACGCCAGCCACUGAGGAUGGGGGGGACGACUUGGACGACCUGUUUGACGACAAUGGUGAUGAUGGUUGCUAUGUGGAGCCAGAAGAGGUAGAGAAUGAACCAACAGAUGCUCCACACUCCAGAGAAAAUGAGAACGAUCUGAAACAGUCAAAGGAAGCCAUGGAAGUGGAGAUGAAGACCAUGCAAGAGAAGAUGAGGAAGCUACAGCAGGAGUUGGAGGCAUUGCAGAAGAAUGCUAGCAGCUCUCCACCCACACAAACAGCUGUUAAAGUAUCUAAACAAACCAACAAUAAGGUGUCACCUCUGAUUCAGAGGGGUGCCAACUCCUCACCACCAAAACAAUGUUCCACCAAACCCUCAACACCUCUCAAACAGGGCACUGAGCCAGUUCUGAAAAAACAGAAAAGGAUGGUUUCACCCCCCCUCCAGUUUUCUACCACAGCACUCUCAAACCCCCAGAAGAACUCCAGUCCUACCACACAACGCAGCCAGAGAAUAGCCCACCAGUCUAAAGCAGGCUCUUCUGAAAACUCCAGUCUAUUGGCCCAGCCUGUGAGUGACAGCUCAUCUCAGUCAGUGAGGGGCAAUGGGAAGGUCAAUAACACAUUGAGGUCACCUCCCCCCAGGAGUACUGCAGGUGUGCGACAGGCCACGCCCCGCCCAGCUCCCAGUCAGGACAUUGCUGUGGAGAAGUUUUCUGGUCUCCGACUGAAGAGACCUCGCCUAUCGUCCAUAGAAAUUGAGCAUAAAAUGGCGGGCCGCAGAAUGUUACGGUUGUCACAGCUGCCUGAGCGACUGAACAGAGACAAGUUAGAGGACAGUGACUGGGUCACGUUUGGUGUGGUCAUUAAUAAGAUCACUCCACAAAGCAAGAACAAUGGAAAGACAUUCAGUAUUUGGAAACUGAAUGACCUUCAUAACUUGGAAGUGAAUGUGUCACUUUUCUUGUUUGGGAGUGUUCAUAUGGACCUGUGGAAAACUGACACCGGAACAGUGAUCGGCAUUCUCAACCCUAACCCUAUGAAGAACAAAGAAGGCUCCAAUGAGCUUUGUCUGACUGUGGAUCACCCACAGAAGGUCUUGAUUUUAGGGGAGGCUAUGGAUUUUGGCACCUGUAAAGCCAGGAAGAAAAAUGGAGAUGCAUGCACACAACUAGUUAAUCUGUUUGAAUGCCAAUACUGUCAGUACCACGUUAAAGCACAGUACAAGAAAAUGAGCUCAAAAAGGGCGGAGCUUCAGUCCAGUUUCAGUGGCUCCGCCCCUGGCAAAGGAAAGGGCCGUGGAAGCCUGAGAGAGCGUCUUUGCCAGACAGACUUCCACUAUGGGGGUAUGUCUUCUCUGGCUUGUGCUCCAUCUCAGGCUGCACCACAGUCGAAGAAACUCAACCAGCCAUCCAUAAAAAGCGUUCUGGCUGCUAUUCCUACCCCAAAGCUUGCCCUUCAGGAUAAUGAUGUGUCUGGUUGUUCUGAUGACUUCAAAUCCCUCUUGUCCAUGCCCACUCCUGGAGCCCUCAACAUCAAAAGACAUUUAGGACAAGCCAGAUCUGCAGGGCCAGGUGUGAGCUCUGUACAGUCCAUAUCUGCUUCUCAGCUCCUGAAGCAGCAGAAAGACCAGCAUCAGCAGAGAAUGGAGGCCAGGAAGAGGAGGGCUGAGGAAAUCCAAAAGAGGGUCUUGCAGAAUUCACGGGGAGCUGCAGUUCCAGCGCGGCCCACAGUAAACGGAGCUAGUCUGCUCUCUCCUAAAGCUGCCCUAGAGGUACCUGACACUUGCUCCACCUCCUCUGCCCACCAUUCUACUCCGCCUGUCCCUGCCCUUGGCCGUGGCCUCAGAGAAGGGGAGGACAUCUUGUUUGAUCUGUCUCCACCAAGCAGUCAGACAGCAUCCAAGCUGGCUGCAAUACGACGACUCCAGGCCAAGGGGGGCGUGAUCGUCAAGGACGAUCCUAACUCUGUCAAGCGCAAGCGACCCAACAGCGCUGAUAUAUCUGUUCGAGUUGAACGCGGCCUGACCUCUCCUGAGGGUGAGCAGGCGGCUGGCGAGGUGGAGGAGCCUGCUCAGAAGAAGAAGCGGGAGCAGCAGGAGUACGUUCAGUCAGAGGAGUUUCAGCGUAUCCUCAACGCCAAGUCCAAGUUCUCCUGGAUGAUGGGGGAGAUGGAAGAAAAGGCGAUGCAGGACUACUUUGAUCCACUGGUGCAGAAGGAGAAACUGGAGGAGAAGAUGAAGAGUAUCAGAGAGAUGAAGUGUCGAGCAGUCACCUGUAAAACAUGUAAGUACACACACUUCAAACCGGCCGAUCGCUGCGUGGAGGAAAAACAUGACUACCACUGGCACGAUGCUGUGAAACGAUUCUUCAAAUGCCCAUGUGGCCAGAGGAAGAUCAGCCUGGCACGCCUGCCCCAGGCAGCCUGCAGCAACUGCGGUCUCUUCAAAUGGGAGAGAGAUGGCAUGUUGAAGGAGAAGAAUGGACCCAAGAUCGGUGGAGAACUGCUGCUUCCACGUGGUGAAGAACAGCCCAAAUUCCUCAACAGCCUGAAGUAG